UAGACUUUCUUGUCCGAGGGGUCCCCGUCCAACAAAAAGGGGUAGUUAUUGUCCGAGAUCAUUGCUUGGGAAAUCAUCGAGCACUUUUAGGGAUGAACGUUAUACUGGAUUGCUGGGAAGAAUUGUUUCGGGGGCCGCCGGCUCGGAUGUCUCCGUCACCGGCAAAACAGGACUGGGACCGAAUUCUGGCCGAUUGUAAAAGAGUGCACGCAGCUAAUCACAUAGAAGAGAGGGAAGACAUCGGUCGAGUUGCCUGUAGGUAUGCUCUGUCCAUCCCAGCUCAGAGUGAGACCGUUCUUUGGGUCCGAGUACCCGCAAGACCCCGUGGGUCAGGCACCUGUGUCCUGGUAGAGCCUCACGAAGAUUGUCAGCCAGUUGAAGUGGCUCACGGACUGGCGGUUGUCCAUCGGGGGCGAGUCUCAGUAAAAGUACGGAACACAAAUCCUUACCCAGUGCUCCUUCGUCGACACCAACGUCUGGCCCGAGUUUCCUCGGUACGUCCUGCCCAGGUGCACGAGCACCAAGCUGUCUGCUUCAGACAGGUGAGCCCUGCGGUGGUGGAAGUUGCCGUCCGCCCUGUCGAGGUAGAACUGGGUUCGGUUGGAGGAGGGAUGCCGGCCCAUCUGAUGGGAGAGUCCCUGAAGGGUGAGAAUCUGGAAGAGGAGCAAGUGGUACAGCUUCAGGAGCUUUUGAGGAAGUGGCAACAUGUGUUUUCAAAACAUGAAGAGGACUAUGGCUGCACAGGGGUGGUGAAGCAUCAAAUACCCACUGGUGAGGCGACGCCUAGUCGAGAGCGGUACCGUCCGGUGCCCCCCACUCUUUAUACCGAGGUCCGCACCCUGUUGAAAGGUAUGCUGGAGGGAGGAAUCAUCCGAGAAAGCAGUAGUCCUUGGGCUGCGCCCAUCGUUCUGGUGCAGAAGAAGACGGGAGCCUGGAGGUUUUGCGUCGACUAUCGCAAACUUAACAGUGUAACGAAGAAAGAUGCAUUCCCGUUGCCACGGAUUGAAGACUCACUCACCAGUCUUACCCAAGCGGCAUGGUACUCGACAUUGGACCUGGCAAGUGGAUACUGGCAGGUGCAGGUGGAUGACCGAGAUAGGGAGAAGACAGCUUUCACCACCCCGUUUGGGUUAUUUGAAUGGGACCGUAUGCCGUUCGGUCUGUGCAACGCUCCUGCGACUUUCCAACGCCUGAUGCAGCGCUGCCUAGGAGGACAAUUAGUCGACUCAACGCUGGUCUACCUAGACGAUGUGAUCGUCUUCUCCCCUGAUUUCCACACUCACCUGCAUCAUCUGGAAGGAGUUUUCAGGGCCAUGGAGAAAUAUGGGCUGAAGCUUAGGCCGGAAAAAUGCCAGUUACUGCGGAAAGAGGUGCAGUUCUUGGGACAUCGCGUCAGUGCUGUAGGGAUCUCCCCUGACCCAGAGAAGGUGGCGGCGGUCCAAGGAUGGGAGCCACCCCGGACAGUAAGACAGGUGCGGUCGUUCCUGGGCUUUGUGGGAUAUUAUCGUCGCUUUAUAAAGGGAUUCUCUGGGCUUGCUAAGCCACUGAACCAACUCUUGGCUGGCACUGGACGUGCCCGUGGUAAAGGCUCCCCCUCAGUACACUGGGAUUCCACCUGUGAGACCGCUUUCCAGAACCUUAAACAGGAACUCCUGAAGGCCCCAAUCUUAGCCUAUGCAGAUUUCACCCAGCCGUUUCUCCUGUACACUGACGCCAGCAAUGCAGGAUUGGGGGCCGUGCUGGCCCAAGAGCAUCAAGGAGUGGAGAGAGUGAUAGCUUACGCAAGUCGAAGUUUACAUCCCGCCGAACGAAACGCUGCAAACUAUAGCUCCUUUAAAAUCGAACUACUGGCGAUGAAGUGGGCCAUGACGGAGAAGUUUAAAGACUACUUGUGGGGAGCCAAGGUAACGGUGAUUACAGACAACAAUCCCUUAGUACACUUGCAAUCCGCUAAAUUGGGGGCAGUGGAGCAGCGCUGUGCCACCCAGAGGGACGAUCAAGCACCCCUCGGUGCCCUUGGUACCGAAGAUGAGCUGCUGGUGGCCGUGGUGGAAGCUCCCGGGGCCCCGGAGUCUGUUCCAUCUAGUUGGGGGUGGGACCCCGGACGGUGGAGAGAGCUGCAGCAGAGAGAUGCGGAUUUGGGUCAGCUCCUGUUGUACCUCCGACAGGGAAACAUGCCGAGGGCAGAGGAAAGACGGUCUCAGACGAAACCCUACACUCGGGACCAAGGUUCAAAUUUCGAGUCCCGGGUCAUCCAAGAGCUGAGCCGCCUCUAUGGGUGCCGAAAGACCCAUACGACCUCAUACCACCCUCAGGGUAACGGAGGGUGCGAAAGAUUCAACCAGACCUUGCUGGGGUUGCUGGGGACCCUAGAGAGUGAACAACAGGGCCAAUGGGCCGAGAGUCUUCCCUCGCUGUUACAAGCAUACAACAACAGUGUGCACAGUGUCACCGGUUAUGCUCCUUCCUACCUUAUGUUUGGGCGCCACCUCCGCUUGCCUGUGGACUUGCUCAUGGGGACCGAGGCUGUGGAAAGAGGGUAUAGUACCACUGACUGGGUAAAUCGGCACCACCACCAACUGCUCAAUGCCUACCGACGAGUCUCAGACCAUCUGAGUACAGCAGCGCCAAGAAUAAGAGACUAUACGACCGGACUGCCCGAGAGGCCCCUUUGUUACCUGGGGAGCGAGUGCUGGUAUGGGACAACGGCGCCCAGGAAAGGGAAGCUCAGUGCCGCUGGGAGUCGACGCCAUAUGUGGUGGAACAACGACAAGGGCCUGAUGCCCCGUCUACUCUGUACGGCCCGAAGGGAAGCCCGGACCAAUACGGGUGUGCUCAUCGAAACCUGCUCCGUCCCUGCCCGAAUACCCGCAACUAGCGGCUGA